GGGCCCGUCAUCUGACUUUACCAGGCAGCGGCAGGCAGAGAAAGUGGGUGUUGUGUGGUGUUUGGCUGUGGUGCGGUGCGGUGCGCCUUCAUGACUGCAUUUAAACACACGAGCAGCGGUUCACUGUGCUCGGGGACUCUGGUGGAGGGAUCCGCGCUAGUAUCCAUCUGUGGAGACGCGCAGGGGAAGGGCUCCAGCUCCAAACCCCGAUACACUCAGAGACGGCAGCCCGGAGCCUGAGGAGGAGGAGGUGGAGGUGGAGAAGGAGGCAUAGUGCCGUCGGUGAGCCAUGGGUUUCCGCAAGAAGAACAAGAGCCCGCCGGUGCUGAGCCACGAGUUUGUGAUCCAGAACCACGCCGACAUGGUUUCGUGUUUGGCCAUGAUUGUCCUGCUCGGCCUGAUGUUUGAGGUCACAGCAAAGUUUGCCAUCAUGUUCAUCACGGUCCAGUACAACGUAACUCAAGUUCUUGAUGAGAAAAGCGAACCUGUGAACCACUACCAGUACGGGCCUAAAGAUGUGGCCACCGUGUUUUUCUACCUGCUCAUUGCGGUCAUCCUUCACGCCUUGAUACAAGAAUAUAUCCUCGACAAGAUGAAUAGGAGGUUGCACCUGUCAAAAACCAAACACAGCAAGUUCAAUGAGUCCGGACAGCUCGCGGCGUUCUACCUGUUCUCCUUCAUCUGGGGCUGCAGCAUCCUCACAGCGGAGGACUUUGCCACAAAUCCUACUUUCCUAUGGGAGGGUUACCCACACACACUCAUGGUAUUUCAGGUCAAGUUCUUCUACAUUUGCCAAAUUGCCUAUUGGCUCCAUGCCCUUCCCGAGCUGUACUUUCAAAAAGUACGGAAGGAAGACAUCCCCCGCCAGCUUUAUUACAUUUGCCUUUACGUUGUCCACAUCACGGGUGCCUAUGUCUUAAACCUCCACCGACUGGGCCUGGUGUUGCUGGUCCCUCACUACCUGGUGGAGCUUCUGUUCCACGCUUCACGCCUCUUCUACUUCAGUGACGAGAACAAGCAGAAAGGUUUCACUCUGUGGGCGCUCCUUUUUGUCAUCGCCCGCCUCCUCACCCUCACGCUCUCGGUUCUGACGUUCGGCUUCGGCCUGCCCCGUACAGACAACCAGGGCUUUUCCCUCGCAGAAGGCAACUUCAAUGUGCUCACCGUGAGGAUGACAUGUCUGGCAGCUAUCUGCCUGACACAGGCCUGGAUGAUGUGGAAGUUCAUCAAUUUCCAGUUGAAAAAGUGGAGGGAGCACAGCCAGAACCAAGCCUCGAAGAAGACAAAGGCCGUCAGCCCAAAGAGCAAGCCUCACAAGAGGGAACCCGCGAAGGGAGGUGCUGCCAACGGAGUGGUCAAGUCUGAGGAUAAAACGUCACCGCGGGCGAGGAAAGCCAAAGCUUCAUAGAGGUGGAGGAGAUGGGAGAGGAGAAUAAAAAAUGAGCGAGGGAGUUCUGACAAUGUGACAUUAUGUCUUUACACAACUUCAAAUUUUUGUCUACUGCUCUCCAAAACAAAUGUUUAAGCGCACUAAGAAACCUUACAUAACUGUCCCCCUUUUGGGGUUGAAACUCCUUUCUGAGAAAAAGUUCAGUGUUACUGUCGGUUAGAAGUGUUUAUUAUUCAUUUGGGUUCGCUGCAGAUGGGACGCUGGCAGGGCAGCGCCGGUUCUGAUGCUUUAACGGGGAUGGAUUUAGCUCUUCAAAGUGUCCUUUUGUGUAAAACUACGAUCACUUGUCGGGUACUUCAAACUGAGUUGCUCUUUAGUAAUUUGAAUCAGUUGACUUCACAGUACCUUAAAAAAAAAAAACAACAACAACUUUUUUUGACUUCAGGGCAACUUUUAAAGUGUCAGCGUACGGAUUAACUGUUGGGGUGUCAUUUUAAGUUUGAGCCUUAUUCAGUUGAUCGCGCGAAACAGGCCACGGGCUCACGUCCCAGAAUAAAGCCUUCCUUUCUCUGUGAGACAGCACUUGGAGAUUGUGCUGUUGUCAGGAUAAGAUCCUAAAUGAAUCCCUCCAGAGGUGUAUUUGUGCUAGCUAGGUGUUUGGCGUAGCUGCAGACGGAGAAGUGAAGAUUGUACUUAAAUCCUUGAUCAUUUACUGCCAUUGUUUGACAGCCUCUGCCAUUGAAAUCCAACACGUUACAGGAUUGAGGCACCUUUGAGUUUUUUUUUGUUUUUUUUUUUUUAUCACUAGCAUGGUGGUCAGCCUGUGCCAGGGGCUGUAGCGGGUUGGGAGACCGACCAGGAGGAAGCUGUACUGUAACCUGUGAUGCCGUACUGUAUGCAUAUGGUUAAACUUUAUAAUGGCAUGAUUGGAAAGUAUAGCGAGAAAUUGUGUUUGAGGCUGCACUCGAGUCUUCUAUACGGUGUUGUUAAUGCAUGACGGAUUAAGGCUAAAGACUAUAUGGCUAGUUCCUACCCGUGCUGUUGAGUUCGCAUCUCUCCCGCACGCACUACCGCAAAAACAAACACAAACACACGAGCAUUCAGUGGCCUUUUUUACAACUGCUGCAAGAGGUUUCAGUUAUUUAUUUUUCUCAUGAACUACAGAUUACUUUAUAGGCGUUGAAAAGCUAUAACCAGCAAACACUAGCGGUACAUAGCAACUGCAUUAACUUAAUCCAAACAAUACAAUCUUUCUUCAAGUGUCCUUAUAAUGUCGGUGGUUCCUGUCCGUCGCUCCGUUUGUGUUGUGUUCUGUUUGCCCUCUCUGUUUGAUUUCUUGGGCGUCAGGGGGACGAGAUAUUCACCACUUAACACCAUAAGUUACACGGCACGGUGCAACGGGUGGGGGUCUGGGGGGGGGGGGGGGGGGGGUUUGUGACGGACUGUGUUUGUAUGCCUGUGCACUUACUGGUGUGUACAAUAUCGUUUUGCCUACUGUGUAUGUUUGUGAAUUAGCUUGGCCCGAAUGACGGCGGUGAUGUUUUAUUGCUUGUCUCGUUAUUUUUUUUCUUCAUUUUUUUUUUUAAAAAAAGAAAGAAAGAGAUUAUUAUUGCCUGUGUGCAGAGCAUGAAAUGUGACAAUCUGUUCAUUGACUCCUGCCCGUUGGCUGUUCUUCACAGUCACAUCCAGCUCUUUAAUUCUCUUCGGUUGGGUCCCCCCCCCCCUCCUUCACUUCCCAACACGCUUCUGUGUGUGAAACACUUGAGUUGUGGAUAGGUGUGUGUGUGUUUUAUAUCAGUUACUAAACGCUUAUGUGUUCAGUGUCUCUGUCCCGUGUGAGGGAGACUCUCCGUUUGCCAAACGUGGCAUGUUCCGUCCUCCCUGCUCCACCUUUUCAGUGAUCAUGACAUUGCUGCGGAGCACAUGCAUCGGUCAUGCUCUUUCCUCCCGCGGACCGAGUCCCACUCUAGUCCCAAACCACUGUGCACGCAUGUGACGCUCCGCGCAGAGGAGGCCGCGCCGCCUGUCUGCAGACAGUUGGGAGUUCGGGGUCUUAGUCCGAAGUAUAGAGGAGAUGAAGAUUCAUUUAUUUUUUCUCUCUUUUUUUUUUUUCUUCUUCAGCGCUCCUUAUUGAGACUUCGGUGAUCUUAAAAGCCCCCCCAUGUCUGUUUAUGGCAGUGUCAUAGGAGGGAAGGAAGAGCAGAGGACGUAUGUACCAGCCUGUUAUUAAACUGUCUCACAUGUAAAAGAUUAAAAAAAAAAAAACACACACACAAAAAAAAACCUAACCCUACACUGUACUAAAAAUACGUGUCAGAUUUUUAAGCUAUUUUUAUAGAGGGAAAAUCGUUGAGGAUCACUGUUGUUGAGUAUACACGUGUGAAUAUUUGUUUUGCAUCCAUGUUCUGAAUUGUUUUUUAUAUGAGAAUGAAGCUUGCUGAACUGUCAGUGUGGGUAAACCUUGUGGUAUGAGUGUAAAACUUAACCUAGCCUAACAUAAUGGUUUAUUUAACUCCAUGGCCUUAUUAGAGCGACAUGAACACUACGCUGCAGAUGUACAAUGGCGGCUUUCACAACUGUAGUCAAACACACAAGUCGCAAUGACACCACACCAUUUUAAUUAUGACCAGAGGAGCAAGCGUUCGGCACCGUGCUUUCUUUGCCCCAGCCCGGCAAGCGACUGGCCCCGCUUGUGAAGCUGACAAAAGUUUGCGGGGCGAAAACAUCUGUAGGCUUUUCUUGCUCGUCAGGUGUCACACUGUGCAACAAUUGGGCUCUGAAACGCGAGCUGCUCACACCGCUGUUCACAGCCCCCCCUCGCUUCGAGACACAAUAGCCUGUAUAAUCCCACAGGAAUGCACUUUUUUUGUAUGCGUUAUGCACCGUAACACUGCUCACUUUGGGCUGUUUUCUGCAUUGAUUCUAGUCAAUGGACUACAAAUUGGAGUUGCUCGAUUUUUGAAAACGAUGUGCAUUUAGUCAUUGUUUCAGGGGGGUGGGGUGGGAAAAAGAGAGACUGCAAUGAAUUAACUGUGUGAGCAACCUCUAGGUGGCAACAGUUAUAAAUGCAUUUCAGAUUACCUAAAAAAAAGAAAUAAAAGAAAAUAGACCUGCAUAGAAGAAACACCCAAUGUUUAUUGUAUUCUAUUAAUUCAUUCUGCAUCGUCCUGGUUUGUUCUUAUUUUGCUGCUUGUUUAUAGAUGUUGCGAUAUAUUUUCCUUUGUUAUCUCUGAACGCCUAUAUUGGUAUAUAUUUAUGCAAAUUCUUGUGAGUUCUGAUUCUUUUCUGAACACUACUUUUUUUUUUAAUUUCAUGUUUUGAAUAAAGCUUUUUGUUCAUUACACAAAA